CAGCUGGUCCCAUCACUGCAGUGACCAGAGUCGAGUUGGGCUCCCACCGGCCAAGGGCAGCUCUCCCAGAGACUGACGGUUUGUGAAGACCUUACACUUGGACGGAAGGAUGCGUGAAAUUGUACAUAUUCAGAUCGGCCAGUGCGGGAACCAGAUUGGAGCCAAGUUCUGGGAGGUGAUUGGCGAGGAGCACGGGAUCGACGUGGCCGGGAGCUACUGCGGGGACUGUGCUUUGCAGCUGGAGAGGAUCAGCGUGUACUACAACGAGGCCCAUGGUAAGAAGUAUGUGCCGCGGGCGCUGCUGGUGGACCUGGAGCCCGGGACGAUGGACAGCAUCCGAUCCAGCAAACUGGGAGCUCUCUUCCAUCCGGACAGCUUCAUCUACGGUAACUCUGGGGCCGGCAACAACUGGGCGAAAGGCCACUACACGGAGGGCGCCGAGCUGGCCGAGCGCGUGCUGGACGCCGUGCGCAGCGCCAGCGAGGCCUGCGACUGCCUGCAGGGCUUCCAGCUGGUGCACUCGCUGGGCGGCGGCACGGGCUCCGGGAUGGGCACGCUGCUGCUGGGCCGGAUCCGCGAGGACUUCCCCGACCGCAUCGUGAACGCCUUCAGCGUGCUGCCGUCGCCCAAGGUGUCCGACACGGUGGUGGAGCCCUACAACGCCGCGCUGUCCCUGCCGCCGCUGGCGCAGCACGCCGACGCCUGCUUCUGCAUCGACAACGAGGCGCUCUACGACAUCUGCCUGCGCACGCUCAAGCUGGCCGCGCCCAGCUACGGCGACCUCAACCACCUGGUGUCCCUGACCAUGAGCGGCGUCACCACGUCGCUGCGCUUCCCGGGCCAGCUCAACGCCGACCUGCGCAAGCUGGCCGUGAACAUGGUGCCCUUCCCGCGCCUGCACUUCUUCACGCCCGGCUUCGCGCCGCUCACCAGCCGCGGCGGCCGGCAGUACCGCGCGCUCACCGUGGCCGAGCUCACGCAGCAGGUGUUCGACGCGCGCAACGCCAUGGCCGCCUGCGACCCGCGCCGCGGCCGCUACCUGACCGUGGCCUGCAUCUUCCGCGGCCGCAUGUCCACCAGGGAGGUGGACGAGCAGAUGCUCGGCGUGCAGACGCGGCACAGCGGCUGCUUUGUGGAGUGGAUCCCCAACAACGUCAAGGUGGCCGUGUGCGACAUCCCGCCCCCGGGGCUGAGCAUGGCCGCCACGUUCAUCGGCAACAGCACGGCGGUGCAGGAGCUGCUGGGCCGCGUGGCGGAGCGCUUCUCGGCCAUGUUCCGGCGGAGGGCGUUCGUGCACUGGUACACCAGCGAGGGCAUGGACGUGGGCGAGUUCGCCGAGGCCGAGAGCGACAUCCGCGACCUGGUGUCGGAGUACCAGCAACUGCAGGACGCCAGCGCGGGUCUGGAGGACGACGGGGAGCUCGCGGGGGAGGCGGAGAUGGAGCCGGAAGAUGCGCCGCACGAGCCUCGCGGGGCCCUGUGAGGUCGGCAUUGGCCCCGGCCCGCCGGCUCCCCACCGGGCCCACCGCGGCCACCCGGUGUCCCGGUGUCCGCAGGCACGCGGGGCGCAGGGACUGGACCCGGGAGGGAGCUGGGGGCGCUGGGGGCCUUCGGGCAUUCGCUAACCUUCAAAGACUUCGCUAUGCGCCGCACGCUCUACUAACUGUUUUUUUUUAAUUAGCAAAGUGCAUUUAUCGCGAAGCACAGCGCCUUAGUUUAGCGGAGCUGCUCCGGCAGUUACUGCGGGCCCAGCGCUGUGCGUGGCAUCAAGAGGACGUGGGCGCAGGGUGCAAGCCGCCGUGCUGCCGCACUCUCCACCCUCUCCUGCCGCUGAGCACCCUGGCACCCUCGCGUGGCACCCUCGCUGAGAGUCAUUCCCCAGCUUCCGUCGAGUGCGCUGCCCAGCAUCCCACCUCCCCGUGCUCGCUGGCCUCCUGAGAGCCAGGUGACUAAGUGGUACCUGGGGAGCUGUGCGGCCGAGGCAAGUGAGAGUCAGCAGCCACUAGUGAAUCGUGUAGACCUUGUGGGCACGUCAGCGAACUAACUGGAAAGGGAAAAGGAGUUGGAAAAAGAAAAAGUGGCAGUGCUUUUCACCAAAAUACCUGGCCACCCCUGCCCCCACCCAUGAUGCCCUAAAGUCACCAAGCCUGAUCCUCUGUUCUUUAUUUCUGAAUAGCCAGCUUUUAACAUAGACGUUUGCGUACUGUAGACCCUGUUUCUAAAGGGUGUUGGAUUCUGGGAAUUCAUUAAUCACCAUUUUCAGUUUUCCUUGUAGACUCUUUCAAAAUGCCCUUUUCACUUUCAUUCAUAAACACCUGGAAGCGCUGGGUAGCCUCAGCUCUUUGGGAAAGGGCACUGGUGCGCUGGGCAACGAUUCGCAUGCAGGAAUUCCGCGGCUGCCGCAGUGCCGCAGUGUCCUUCCUCCUCACGGAGGACGCUGUCUCAUUAGGGAGCUUUUACAAUUCAAAUUAAUUUGCAGAAGUUGCCAUAAAUGUUCGCAUGAUGACACAGCUUUGACCAUUACCCGAGUUUAAUCUGCUCACAUUACGACAGGACCAGAUACACAGGAGUGUAAUCAAAUCGUCCAUAACUUUCUAAUUACGGUUUACCUAUUUCUGACAUACGCACAGCCAUGCCUUCCAGGGCCGUAAGAGUCUUAAUGGCCUUCUAGAAUUACCAUUGAUCCGUGGGCAGCCGGCAAUGGGAAGAGGGUCUGACCCUCCCUGCAGGAAAUAUUUACUUGCGGGCAACUAGGUGCUCGUCUCCCGGAUUCGUGUUUGUAAUCUGCAGCAAGGAAGCAGGACGAUGGUGACACUGGCUGCUCAUUCAAGAAACGUCACGCCACGUGUGCAUGGUGAGAAGUGACGAAAAUACAUAGAGACAAAACGAGGUCCUGCUGUCGGCAUCGUGACAUGCCUUCUAUUUACACUUUAGAAAAAAGUUUUAAACAGUUUUUUCUUGUGGCUCAAGCACUAAAAGCAAAAGAUUUAUUAAGAAAAUGUAACUAUAUACUCAGUUUGAAGUUCAUAAUUUCUCAAAAGCUAAAAAGACUUAUGACCUUUGAUGUUAUAAGAAUUUACACACGCUUCCUCUAGCACUUUCCUUCUCAAAUCUAAAAAGGCAAUCAAAUGGAUACAAGGAAGGAUACAGACCUAAAUUAAAAAAACCCAGCUGAUUUAUAUUGCUGUCAAGAUUUUUGUUUGCUCAAUAGUAAUCAUUAAAGUACAAGGAAAUUCAAUUUUAAA